AUGUAAAUAAAACAAUAAAAAAUUAUAUUCUUUAUUUUCUUGGAAAUGGUGAAGACCUGUAUAUUAUUAAUAAAAAGUUUUCUUAGCUAGAGUUCAUUCAAUACAAUGUCAAUUUGUGCAGAAUAUUUACAAGCACACUUUAUUUUAGUUGAAUACCCAGGAUAUGGAGUAUAUAAUACAAUUACUACAAUUGAUUAAAUUUAGAAGGAUGCUUUAAUAGCUAAUAAUUAUGUAAAAUAAAAGUUUUAAGUAAAUGAUAAUUAAAUGGAGGCUUUUGGCAACAAUUUUUAUAUGAAGAUCAAUUGGAACUGGCCCUGCCUUUUAUAUUGGAGCUCAAAGGAAUUGUGCUGGUUUAAUAAUAUUUUGUGGAUAUAUAACAUUAUUUAAAUUGGUACAUCAUUUAUUACCAAUCAAAGCGUAGUAUUUUAAAAAUGAAAACAAUUUAUAUAAUGAGGAGAAUAGUCAAAAAAUUUAAUGCAAAUGUUUAUUUAUUCAUGGAAGACUUGAUACUUUAACUAUAGAAUAAAUAAAAAUUAAAGAUUUAUCACAAAUAAGUUUACCUGCUCAUAUCAAAGAUGAAUCAUAUUUGUAAAUUUAAGAAGAAAUGACUCAUAACUAAUUAAAAAUUAAAGAUGAAUUAAGCGCUCUACUGUUAUCCAGAAUUAAAUAAGAAUAGAAAUUUUGA